UACUGUAAAUCAUAAUAUUGUGAGUCUUACGACGAUAUUUACGAGGUAGGUCGUAGGAAUUCCACGACUCAGUCUCAGUUUGCGGGUAUAAUGUUACCGUGUAAGGAUCUCGUUGUAUACUUCCUCCUGCUUUUGAUCUUCAUAAAUGACGCGAGAUGUGAAAAAAUCGAUGAAAUGUCUGAAAUAUUGGACGAAAUUCUCGUCAAUAUUCAUAGAACAUCUCGACGCACACGGGACCGUGAAGAUGUAUCUUUAAUUUGGCAGAAAUACGAAUUUGGCACGGGAGUUGGAAAUCGAGAAGAUGUUGUGGUGACAAAUAUUUCAACGCAUAAAUUUAGCAAAGUGUUCGAAAACAAUCAGUGGCUAGUUAUGCAAACGGGAGCAACUUACUUUAUUUGCGCUGAAAAUUCAACGUUAUUUUUCUACGAAACUAAUUUAAACGAUUUAUCGAUUAAGCUUGUUCUACUUGUAAAAACAAAAGGGCACAUAUUGCAAUUUAAAAUUCUUAAUUUAAAUAUCGAUGAAACCACCAGUGAGAAUAACACAAAUAAUUUAAUAGCGGUACUUUUUGUUAAACAAGAAAACGAUUAUUCGUUGUACUGGUACAGAAUUUUCGGAACUACAUAUACGUUAUAUUCGGUGAUGUCUGUGCAAAAACAAAUUCAGGAUUUGGAAUUUGUGAAAGAAGAAGAUCAACACAAAUUGUUGCUGCUCGAUAAUGAUGCACGAUUUUAUAAUGAAACUUUGAUUGACAUUUACAAUUUUGAUAUUGAUUACAAAAAUCGUACCAUCGAUAUUUGGUUUUGUCGACGGUUGUUUGUUCCGAAAAUUCUCGAUAUUCAAGUUUGUCCGAUUUCCGGACGAACUCUGUUGGCCUUUCGAAAAGUAGACAGCGUUGUUUUAUACGAGGCGAAAAAAGAAAAUAAAUUGUGCCAAUUUGAGAAGUUUCAAGUUAUCAAGUCCAAUAAGCUCGCGAACUUUAUUUGCUUCGAGAGUGGUUAUAUUCAAUAUCUUGCAAUUGGCGGACAGGUACCGCGUUUGCUUUACUUCUCCGAAAGCGAAUUUCGAGAUAACGGCGAGACAAAUUUACAUUUCAGUGAUAUUAUUUGGGUCACCGCUGUGCCAAUAAAUACGUACCGAGACGAGUCAUUAUUAUUAAUUCAAUUAAAAAAUUCAACCGUAAUCGCUUUGGCUUGGCAUGGGUCAAAAUUUAAGACGGUGCCUUUGCCUAAUGAGAUUUUGAACACGUUCGAUCUAUCGAAACUCGUCGCUAUUCCAAAAGUAGGAUUUAUAUAUGCAAACACGCUCAUACGUAUAGAGGUAAAUUUAAAGGAAAUAGCUCAUCCCAUUCACGACGAAAUGGAGAGCAAGUUGAAAACACGAGCUUUAUUAGAGGAAGUCUUUCGAAAACAGGAAACCAUUUUUGACGAGACCGAGGCACUAUUGAAUCAAAGUUACUUGAAUAAUCCCAAUAUAACAGGAUUCUGGAAUUUGUCGGAAGUAAAUGCUUUGAAUGCUGCGAUCGGAACAGACGUAUAUUAUGACACCGUCAAAGUCGGCUCGGUUAAAAUGACAAUGGAAGAUAUCAAGACAAACGUAACAUCGAUUACAAAGAGAAUAGAAGAACUCGACGCGAAGCUCGAAGAAAUGUACGAGUUUAUAAAUUCGAGCAAUUCGAUCGUUUUACCGUUCAAUAGUGAAAUAACUGGAGAUUUCGUAAUAAAUGGUACUUUACACGCGAAUAAUCUCAAAGCUACUUCUAUUCUCUACGAUGUACCGGAUUUGAGCACAAAAAACGAGUAUAUUGUCAACGAGCAAGAAUUUUCUUCUAUCGACGGUCGUAACUUAACUGUCGAAUUUAUAAAUAACAUUCCUGUUGAAGAUAUUGUUUUCGAUACUACAAUCAAGAAUUACAGUGACGUAGAGUUUUCGAGAUUAAAGCGAUUGGAAGUGAACGGACACUUGAAGUUUUCCAAAAUAAACAACAUCACCUGGGAAGAUCUGAUGGCAAAUAUAGUAUGGAAGAAUAAACCGGCGAUUAUUCCUGGAGAGACUAUUGUAGAAGGGACACUUAUUGCUGAAGACGUCAAUAUCGAAAAUUUAAAUCACCUGCAAUAUCCAAGCGAUUACGUUUUAAAUAACAUCUCUUUUGUAAAGAUUACGGGCAAAAAAUAUUUUACCAAUCUAUCUACAACGCACUUGAAAAAUAUAGAGAAGAUCAAUGGAAUAAGCAUUGAUGACUUCAUUAUUACCAACAGAGACGAGGUUCUCGACAAGGAAAUUACUUUCGAAAAUCUAAAAGUUGAUGGAACUUUCACGAUCGACGGAAAUGUAACAGGUCUGAAUGUAAGUGUAGAGAAUUUGUUGAAUGAAACUGAUAGGUUAUUAUCGGAUGUCAGUUUUGAAAAUCUUUACGUUACGGGAAACAUUGUGCUCGAAGAUUCGAUUGAUAAUAAAACAUGGUCGGAUCUAGACGAUCUUUUGUUAAAAACUGAGAAAUGUGCUGUGAUUACUGGAAAUAAAACUUUUUUGAGUGGCGUUACUAUAAAAUCUAACUUUGCAGCCGAAACAAUUAACAAUCAUUCAUUCUCAGAAUUCGUAACAUUAAACACCAAACAAGACUUUCCCUACUUAGAAAAAAUAUCGGCGGUUAUUACAUUUGGCAAUGUAACUCUUGGUAGCGUGCAACAAUUGCAUGAUUAUAUAUUUAAAGAUUAUAUAACUCAUCAGUACAAACAACACGCGGGUUGUUUGAACACAAUACUGGCAUUUACUAAAUCUGUUAUUGCUGAGGACUUGUCCUUCGAGACUUUGAAACAAACUAUUUCACAGACCAGUUUCUUCAAAAAGUUUAAUAACAUUUUUCAAAGUACAUAUUUCGACAAUUUGACGAUCUCGAUAUUAAUGGCGGAUGAAGUCUUGCCUAAAGUAGUUAACGGGAUUAAUUAUACCGAACUGGUCGAACACAUGGUAACAAGUUCUACGAAGCAGAAUCUGACGGGCGCUUUGACAAUUAACAAUUUAGAAAUCGACAUCUUGGAUGCAAAACUCGUCAACGGAAUGUCAAUGAACGAAUUAAAACAAUUAUUAAUGAACGCGCAAUCUCUGUACGACGACUUGUUCAGCAGUAACACAUCGAUAAAAUCGUUACAAGUGACGGGAAUGACAACAGCGUCCUCGAUCAAUGGAAACGAUAUUCUUGAUAGUUUUGACAAAGAUAACACGGCAACUGUGAUUUUCAAUAAAUAUGUAUCGAUCGAAGAUCUAACAGUGAACGGCUUCGUAAAUGGUUUAAAUUUCUCGAAGUUUAUUUCUGAUGCUGUUCGGAAGAGCGACAAAAAUGUUACAUUUACGGGUUUCAAAAUAUUCGAAAAUGUUACGUGCGAGGUUUUAGAAACGUUGUUUAUAAACGGGCAUUCUGUGGACGAUAUUUUGCGUGCUGAUAAAAACCAGGUGCUGAAAGGACCGAUCGUUGUGAAUGGUUCGGUCACCGUUUUAAACACCUUCGAUACAAUUGGAAAAAUUGGAAAUGUGUCUUUCCACGACUUCACAGAUAGAUUCAAGCUUCUCGGUAAUAACUCCUACGCUCUUCGUGGAAACGUUUCUUUCAUCGAAUUCGCUUCCGUAAGAGAAUUAAAUGUGAGCGGAUCAAUUCAAGGAGUGGCGUUCGACAGUUUCGUGAAAACAAUCAUUUCUAAGAAUGACACGAAUGUCACAAUAUCUGGAUUGAAAUUAUUCAAAAAUUCGGUCGCGUUUAAUGGCAUGUUCACCAUCAACGGCAGCUUGAACGAUUUGGACUUGGAUUCAUUUCACAAAGAUGCUGUUUACAUCGACAAACCUUUCACGAUCAAUAGCACAGUGAUAUUUAAAGAAAAUGUUGACAUAAAAAAAGAUCUCAUAGUAAAACAGAAAUUACAACCCAACACCGUAAUGGGAGUCGAUAUGAAAGAGUUGCGGGACAAUGCUAUCGCUCUCAACAAGCCUAUGUACAUUACAGCUCGAAUGACACUUGACAAUGCGACUUUUCAAGCAAACAUAAAAGUCACGCAGGUCAACGACUUGGAGAUGGAUUUAUUGAUUCCAUUACGCACCAAGCAGCUUAUUAUGAUCGAUUGGCUCAAUGGUACAAAUGUCACCGUCAAAAACUUCGACAUAUCGGGACAUAUCAACACUUACAACUUGAAGAACAUCUUCGAGGAUACUUUUAUGAUAUACGGUAAUCAGAAUAUUACAGGAAACAUCAGGAUUCUGGGAAAUGUUUACGCGUUUCACAACUUCGAUGCUUAUCACAUUAACGAUGUUAGUCCUAAGCAAUUUAUUUCCCUGAUCGCCAAUGAAACUCUGACUGGAAACUUUAUAUUCAAGUCUCCGGUUAUCCUUCGUAAGAGUCUCAGGAUUUUGGGUUCUCUAAACGGAAUUAAACCAGUUAAUUGGCUAGGAGCGGCAAUAAAGAGAACAGAGAAAGCAACUCAGAUUAUAUCUGGAAAAUGGAAAAUACAUGGAACCGUUCAUUUUGAGAGUAAUGUUAAAGGGAGUGAAUUUUUGAACGGGAUUAACGUAACAGAAACGUCACUUGCCUUAGCGAAAGAUCUUCCCGAAAUAAAUCGUGUUAUUGAGAACGCAGAUGACGAUAUAUCUAAGUUUUGUUCGUUUUAUUUGGAUCAGUUUAAAUGUAUCGCUGCGAAUCAGAUAUAUAAAUUCAAUACUUUUGAUUAUUUAAAAGUUUUCGAAUUCGAAGGUGACAUUCAUGACAUCUAUACCAUCGAAACACAUGAUACGAUUUAUAUACUAGUAAAUUAUGACACUUGUCGUGUGAAGUUGAUAUUAUACGAUCAAAAUGAUUUUCAAGUAAUCGACGUGAUUUCCGAUUUUGGAUUAAUUGAUCGUUGGAUGGUCUUCACAUCGGAUCAUGGUUUAUUCUUACUUACCACCGCAAAGCGUACAUGUGGUAGAAGUCUCAACAAUAUAUGGAAGUUAGAGAAUAAUAGAUUGACGCAUAUAUUGGAACUUGGCAAUAAUGCCGACAUGGAUCUAUCACGAAAAGAAUUUGUAUCAAUGAUUCACGAGAGUUUCGAAGCCGCUCCGGAUAACAUACAGUCCGAUAUAUUAGAAGCGAUUACAUUAUUUGAAAACAAGAAGUUAAAUUUGAUUUCAAACAAUGAUUCCAUUGUGCAAGCUACUCGAUCGGUGAUCUACGGGCUAGGAGAAAAAUCGUCAAACGAUACAAAUUUCAUAAGCGAUUUCGAUCACAGUAAAAUAUUGAAGUUUAGAGUAGGUAUUUAUCAAACAGAGGAGUACAUCUAUUACAACGAAGAACUGAGUCCGAAUUAUAUAUAUAUCUACAAAAAUGACGUUUCGCAAACAAAAAUCAUGCAAGUUAUAAAAGCGCGUCGGCCAAGAUCAAUUAGGAUUUUACAUUUCCCUGGAUUUAUUGAAACAUUGCUUAUCUUUGUGGAAAAUACUGAUAUCGUUCGUAUUUACGAAUAUCGAGGUAUCGAAGGUUUUGUGGAGAGAAAUGCUAUACAUCUAAAAGUUGAUAAAUUGUUCCACUUUAAAAUACGAAAGUACGCUAAUUUGGAAAAAAGAUAUUGUUUGGCUGCUGUUUAUAAAAAUCGACUGACAAUUCUGGAGGCGGAAAUGCACGGCGAAAAGUUGGAUCUGAAAACUAUUGAAUACUUGAAAACGGACUCGGUUGUAAAUACUUGUUUCUGGAACACGUGUCCAGUUUAUUAAAAUUUGUAAGUAAAAAUAUGUCUGUGAUAGUUGUAAUAUAUAUACAUAUUGAUAUAAAUUUUAUAGAUUUCUAUUUGUAGAAAUUUCUUUACACAAAGUAAGAAAAGUUAGUAUCUAUAAUGAUAUUAUAGAAAAUUAAUUGCAAAUAAUAAUAUAUGUUGUGCUUUAAUAUUAGAAAUGUGUUAUGUGCGUUUUUAUAAUAAGGGCAUUAUUGUAAGCAUUAAUUUAUUAUGCUAUUUUG